UCUGGAUUAUAAAAUCGGAAAAGAGUUAGCAAAGUACAUGAAGGAGGAUCUUGCUCAACUUCGCCAAGAAGUAAUGCGCAAUUUCCUGAAAGAAGAUGAAGUUUAUGAUCCAAAGAAGCAUUACUUUAAAGAAUGGAUCCAAAUUACAUUGAGACAUCUGUGCAACCUUUAUGAAAAUCCAUCUGCUCCUUUGUGCCGGGAACAGUACAAGGACUGGUUUACAGUCAACCUGUUUGGAAAUUGCUUCAAUUUCUUGAUGAGACACCCAAAAAUGUCUACGGAUAUCAAAAGGACAGAUGCACCAUCAACUGCCUCAGCAAAUAGGAAAAAUCGAGCUAGAAAGCCAAAACAAAGAAAAUUGACCGGUAGAAAGAUUAAUGGAAUUAUUCAUCAUCCAACUUAUAAUAUAGAGUUGGGUGCACUUGAAGCAGCAAGAUCCUUCGUAAAUGAUGGAGAUAGAAAACUUCUUAUUGAGUCUUUUAAAAUGCUGAAGACUUUGAAAGACAUUUUGUUUGUAAGGUUAUGGUUGGCUGGAGGGUCUAUAUGUAUCUUUUCGAAAGAUGAUAUUCAUUCUAUCUCUGAUCACUUUUCUAAAACGAGCCAUUUAGAUUUUCUUAAAUUCCUAAAAGCAAUUGUGCGAAGUCAGAUUAUAAUUGAAAACAAUUUAAAGGCACUUGGAUUCAUCGAACAGAAGACCCCAAAGAAAGAUGAUUUUAAUGAGGAGGAUCUUAUUUCAAAAAUCUUAGGCAAUGACCAGGACCCUUCGCGACCAACAACUCCUGAAAACAAAAUUUAUUCUAUUGUAGAUUGCUUCGAAACACCACAUAAAAGGAAAAUAAGCCAAAUAAAAACACCAAGAAAAAUGACAGAUAAAAAGAGAAGAACCAAAUAA